GCGCAACUCCUUUCAGAAAAAAAAUAAGUGUGCUCCUACGCUAGCUAGCCUUCUCAUCAUCAUCUUCGCGUUGGUCACGUAGCGCGCGCACCAUGGCCUCAUCACGGGCCAUUUCCGCGGCCGGCUUCGUCCUCCUAACCGGGAACUCGAUGGUGGCCAUCCACCGGUCGCGGGGGGAUGCCGCGGCGGUCGCGUUCGUCGUCGCCUUGAACGCCAGCCUCCUCGUGCUGUUCUACUGCCUGCGGUGGUUCGAGGCGGCGGCGCCCGAUUCGGCCGCCAAGGGCCGGGCGAGGAUCGGCAUCUGGCUCGCCACCACGAUGCUCACCGCCAUGUUCUCUUGGAGGGUCGCAGCGCUCAUGCCGGGGCUCAUGGCCGCCGCUGUCUGGUUGAUGGCUGCGUGCACGGUGGUCGGGGGUUUCUACGCGCUGUUCAUUCUUCCUCCCCACUAGCGACAGAAAAAGUAGUGCUAGUGAUCACUUGAUGGAUAUCGUCGAGAUCAUCUAAAGUAGCUAUACUGAAAUUUUCAUGUGCAUAUACAUAAUAAUACACAUUUGAUUGGUGUGUGCAUGUGCGAAUGUAA